AUGUCCCAGUCGCCCCAAGGAGAUAUCCAGGAGCGUAUCGCCGCCGCCAGGCGCGAGGCGGAGAGUCUGAAGGAGAAAAUUCGCGCAAAGAGGGAGUCCUCCGCGGAUACUAGCCUGCGGGCAAUGGCCAACGAGGUUCCUGCGCUGCCCAGAGUUGUCAUGCGUCCCCGCCGUGCACUUCGCGGUCACCUUGCCAAGAUCUACGCCAUGCACUGGGCGACUGACCGGCGGCACUUGGUUUCUGCUUCGCAGGACGGAAAGCUCAUCGUUUGGGACGCAUACACCACCAACAAGGUUCACGCCAUUCCCUUGCGGUCUAGCUGGGUCAUGACGUGUGCGUAUUCCCCGUCUGGCAACUACGUCGCUUGCGGUGGUCUCGACAACAUCUGCUCAAUUUACAACCUCCACUCCAAGGAGGGGAACAACGUCAAGGGCGCCCGCGAGCUUAGCGCUCACUCCGGCUACCUCAGUUGCUGCCGUUUCCUCAAUGACCGCCAAAUCGUGACCAGCUCGGGCGACAUGACUUGCAUGCUGUGGGAUAUCGAGGCAGGCGUUCGGGUCGUUGAGUUCAGCGACCACACCGGUGAUGUGAUGAGUUUGUCGCUCGGCCCCAACCAGAACGUGUUUGUGUCUGGUGCGUGUGACGCGACUGCCAAGUUGUGGGAUAUCCGGAGUGGCAAGGCGACGCAGACCUUCACUGGCCACGAGUCCGAUAUCAACGCCGUUAGCUUCUUCCCUAACGGAGAUGCCUUCGCCACUGGCUCCGACGACGCUUCGUGUCGGUUGUUCGAUAUCCGGGCGGACCGCGAGCUUAACGCCUUCACACACGACAACAUCCUUUGCGGUAUCACUUCCGUUGCCUUCUCAAUCUCUGGCCGGAUUCUGUUCGGCGGUUACGACGACUGGACGUGCAACGUUUGGGACACCCUCAAGGGCGAGCGGGUCGGUGUUCUCACUGGCCACGAGAACCGUGUCAGCUGCCUCGGCGUCAGCUCCGACGGCAUGGCGUUGUGCACUGGUAGCUGGGACAGCACACUCAGGGUCUGGGCUUAA